CCUGCACCAUGCCAUUCCCGCCACCGGCCCAAAAGGCCAUGACACAGCUCAAUCGAGAAGCAUUCAAGAGAACCAUCAAAGUUUAUGCUGUCCGAAUUCCAUCUGCUAAGGUCAUGGCGUUCCAAAAACAGAUUCGCAGUGAUCUAUUCAAUCAGCCUAAGCUCAGGAAUGUAGUGGAUGAUGGAGAAUCAAAGGAAACGAGGCUAGUAUUACUGCGGUCAGAUGUCACAAGCCCAGAAUUGAAAGAAGUAUCCGAUGAAGGAAAAAAGAUAAUAGAGUCAGAAGGAUUGGGAAUUGCAGAGCAUACUAUAGAUCUGCAAUACGAUUAUUGGACUUCUGAGGAGGUGCUUAGAGCUAUAUUACCCGACGAAUUGACUGAAGUGCCCUCUGCAUUUACGGCAGUCGGUCAUAUUGCACACAUGAACUUAAGGGAAGAGUACUUGCCGUGGAAAAGUAUUAUUGGCCAGGUCAUUUUGGAUAAAAAUAAGACCAUCAAAACCGUUGUCAACAAAUUGGAUGCCAUCGAUACCACAUUCCGAUUCUUCAAGAUGGAGAUCUUGGCUGGUGAAAACAAUAUGAUUGCAGAGGUUAAAGAAAGCGGCUGCCGUUUCCGCUUUGAUUUCUCACAAGUUUACUGGAACAGCCGAUUACAUACCGAGCACGAUAGAUUGAUCCAGCAAUUUGCAAAGAAUGAAUAUGUUUGUGACGUCUUCGCUGGUGUCGGUCCGUUCGCUUUGCCUGCCGCAAAGAAGGGAUGCAAUGUGUAUGCAAAUGAUUUGAAUCCAGUCUCAUACAAGUGGAUGAUGGAGAACAUAAAGCUGAACAAGAUCAAGGACAACCUCCAUGCAUACAACUUGGACGGAAGAGAGUUUAUACAUAAAGCUAUUGCCGACCUCGAUCUGGCCAUGAAUGCUGGCAACAAAUGGAAGACGUUUGAUCAUUUUGUUAUGAACCUCCCUGCCACUGCUAUUGAAUUCUUAGAUGCCUUCCGUGGCGCUUAUAGAUCUAAGAAAUCCAUCUAUGAACAGUCAGGAUCCCCCAAACUACCUAUGGUACACUGUCAUUGCUUUUCUAAAAGUCCAACCCCUAAUAUUGACAUUAUGGAGCGCAUUCAACAUGCUACUGGAGAGCCAGUGGAUGCAGCAUCAACUUUUGUACAUUGGGUUCGCAAGGUAGCACCUAACAAGGACAUGUACUGUGUCUCGUUCCGCUUGACGCCAGACAUGAUAUUUGCAGAAACAAGGUCAGCUUGAAUAAGAGAGGAAUUUUGGCGACAAUAGAGAGAGUGUAAUUAAAUAAUCGCAUGUGCCCUGGUACAUUUUCUUCACGAUAGUUUGAAGCGCAGGGAAUCAGGUAGUGGAUCACCCAAUUUAGAGACCAAAAAACCCAAGUUUGAAGAAGGUAGCGGAUCGAAGGAAUAAAAUUUUAAAGCGUUGAAUAUGCUACAAUAGACGGCGUGCUAUUAAGAUGAAUAAAACGAUGUAACUAUGAUAAGCUUUUAGCACUGCUUCAGAGAAGCUUGUUAGAACGUUCUUAUUAUUGUACCAGCAACUAAGCAGUCACUUGGUUCAAGCGG